CAGCGCCGAUCCACACAUACAUGCACGUGUGUGGGUUUCGUGGGUGCCAGGUUCUAGAGAACGCUCAUCGUUGGCAUGCACAAGCUGAUCUGCAGGAAAAUGUGCAUGUGAGCCUUUCUGGAGCAUCCUUUGUAUGGAGGAGCAUGUGUGUAGAGUGAGAGACAGCGUGAGGAUGUGUGGUGGGCAGGUGCUGUUGUGAUCGGUGGAGUUUUCGGUGUACUAUCGUCGUGCUGUCUGCCUCCCCCUCCCUCCCAUUUGGUUAUCUUGUGAGGGCAAAAAAGCAUCCUGCUGGGAUGUCCACCUCGCCUGGUGCAACAGACGGGAGCCAAAGGAACUCUUUGGAGCUAGACACGGAGCACGCACAGAGAGUCCCUGGGGCCGAACAGGGAGGGGCCCCAGCCCCACAGGUCAAGCUGAAAGAAAGGCAGAAGUUCUUUGAGGAGGCCUUCCAGCAAGACAUGGAGCAGUACUUGUCCACUGGCUACCUGCAGAUCGCUGAGAGGAGAGAGCCAAUAGGAAGCAUGUCGUCCAUGGAGGUUAACGUGGACAUGCUGGAGCAGAUGGAUCUGAUGGACAUGUCUGACCACGAAGCCCUGGAUGUGUUUCUACACUCUGGGGGAGAGGACAACAGUGCUGCCUCGCCUGUCGCAGGUCCAGAUGUUGAGUCUUUCACCACAGAGAUCAGUCUCCAGGUUCCCACCCAGGCUGAGCUACGCCACAAGCUUUCUUCCCUUUCAUCCACCUGCACCGACUCUGCCAGCCAAGACACAGAGGCCGGGGAAGAGGAUGAUGACGAGGAGGAGGAAGAGGAGACUGAGCAAGGAGGAGUUGGAGGGGUUGGAGGAUCAGGUGGAGGAGGAAGGAGGAGAAGGGCACCCGUGGUGGUGACCCUGGAUGAAGAGGAGGUGCACCCUGACACCGCGUUGGUGGACGGGGUGGACCAAGUGGACCAGACCAGCAAAGACAGUGAGGCGAGCCGGCCGAAGGUUUGAGGACACACGGACUGGAUUUAAACACAAACGCACAGAGCUGCAAAAUCAAACUGAGAUAUAUAACAAUAUUGGCUUCCUUCUCAAAUUGUCAUACUGAAGAAAAAGAUGUGAACGAGAACACACUGAGGUUGCACUAACUGCCACAUGACCUUGCCUUAAAAGACCACUGAUGUGAGUUUUAAAUUCUAAUUGAAUCCUCUUAAACUAGGUUUGAGUUACAUUUAGCAUAAUAGCAUUUGAUGGCUUAACAUGCACAUAAAUAGUUUGAAACUAUUUAGAGAAUGCUGUAAUAUUCUGUUUCUGUGUUUGUGCAUGUUGAGACCAGGAGAGACCUGUGAACGAUAAGUAAGAAGCAAGAGAAAUAUACACUAAAAUCAUCCAUGUGUCCCUCUUGCUGUUUUAAUGCUUCAUGCUAACACUUACAUAUUCGCUAAACUGCAGUUGUUACCAUUAAUUUAUGUGUAAGACACUGUUGAUUUGAUGCUGUUUUGUUCCAAAUACUUACCAUACGUAAAUGGCUUUCAAAAGCUCUAUCAGGUUUAUGGUGUUUUAUGUUGUCACCCAAAGUAUGAAAAAUAAUCUCUCCAUUGCCUCUAUUGGUAUCUAGCCAUGCAGUUAGUUUUAUAUGCCCAGGUUUUGUCAUAUAUUUUUUAAUACAUUGAAAAUUGGCAUUCAAAAAAAUAAAAACAGCUCAAAACCUGGAAUGAAUGUGCUGAUGUAAAUAAAAUGAAUUCCCCUAUCCAGACGAGUUAGCAAGCUUUAAGCAGUAAAUCAGAACUGUUAUGAUCAGUUUUUUGCAUGUUCGAUUGUCAGAAACGAUACUCCAACAGCAGACUCAAGUUCUCCAAAAUUCCGACAGGAUCACAACUGUUUCAGUGCAACAGGUGUUUCAGUUUAAGGAGUAAAUGUGUUAACUGGUGACUUUUACCCAAAUGCGUCCAUGGUUGCUCGUAGUAACUUAUGUAGAUGGUUGGCGUAGAUAACAAACACGGAGCAGUAUGUAUUUAAAAUGGACUGAAGGCUUUUACCAGGACUCCUACAAGUUCUGUUUUUGUUUUCAAAAGCUAAUGCCACUAACCACAAACGCAUUGGGCUGAGAGUCACCAGUUAACAUGGUCACUCAUUAAACCAAAACACUGGAGGCAUCUAUGGCUGCAAGCUAUUCAAUGUGUUGACUAUUGCUGGACUGAUAAAAUAUGCGUGUGUUUGUAGUGCCCAUUUUAUAACACAAUUAACUCAAAGCACUGAGUUAAUGUCAAGGACACUUAGUUCAAACUGACAGAAACAAAAUACAGCUCACCAAAAUCCAUUGUUUCAACAAUAAGCAAGGUUAGCUUAGGUUAAUUGAUGACUGCACGUAGGUGUGAAUGUGUGCGUGAAUGGUUGUCUGUCUCUAUGUGUCAGCCCUGCGAUGGUCUGGGGACCUGUCUAGGGUUUACCCUGCCUAAUGGAAUGGAUGGAUUGGAUUAGACACCAUUAAAUUAACAAAACAUAAUGACAAAAAUCUCCGUUGGUCUUGGUUGUCUGUUAAAGUUUAUCAUCUGGAUCCUGAAGAAGGCCUACAGCACUCCUUUGUGGGUGAGGAGAAAAACGUUACACGGCUCGCACUCUCUGGGUUGUGGUCUGAAACAGCAUCCAACAAAAACUGCCCACGCUGACAGUCAUUACUGCAGAAUUAUUCCCUUUCUGUUGAUAUCGUAGGGCAUUUGAGCAAAGGUAGCACCUUUGUUGGCUCUCGGCAGCUCAAAUUCUGAUGGGUCUCCACGGACAAUAUACUCCCUCUGAUGCUGCAGCCUCAAAUGGCCUCUCUCUUGCAGAUUACGGCUGAAUUUCUGAGUGAGCCAAAACAUUGUUAAAUCUACAUCCAUAGAUCCUCCGCACUCAUAUUUUGGAAUGCCAUUUUUGCUGUUGGAAAUGUAACACAAGCAUCGAGAACAAGGAGGUUUUUGAGCGGUAUUACGCCCCACAAAUACCAAAUUAGCACUCUGUAGUUCUUCUGUAUACCAAGUACCUCACUGCCACGUAACUGGGAUACAGAAGAAUAACAGAGUGCUAAUUUGGUAUGCACUCCUAUGCAUACCUAACUUGGACAGCCAUAGAAAAGGUUGAAAAUCGGUGAAUUAUCCUUUUAAUAUAGCAAAUGCUCUGAAAUUAUGAAAUAUCUGCAGGGGGCACAUGGAUGCAUUUUUAUGGAUAAGCUGAACCCCAAAGCUUGUUGCAAUUCUUUAGCUGGUGUAUAAUGUUUUAAAUAUAAGCUACCAAUUAGAAAAUACUCGAGUGCCAAUGGCUUUUAUAAACAUGGUGUAAUAGAUGGCAGUCACCUGGCAGUGGGUUCCACACCACAUAGUACUGUGUAGCUUACAGACUACAGAUGGAGUUCAGGUACCAAGUUAUUAAUGAUUGAACACACACACACAAACACACACACACACACACACACACACACACACACACACACACACACACACACACACACACACACACACACACACACACACACACACACACACACACACACACACACACACACACACACACACACACACACACACACAGGAGAGUUACCCAUUGCCAUACCCUUGACCAAUAAUAAUGGAUCUUCUCCUUUUGAACGAGGACCAAAUCCCUGUUCGGACUGUGUGUGCUAUAUGCACUAGACAACAACCAGAAGGUUGAACUGAAUCAAUAUUUUUUUUGUACAGAAAUGUUUACAUUUGUGUGAUGUGACAGCAUUAUUCCUUCUUUUCUUUUCCUCUGCCAACAGUUUCUGACUUGUCGGUAAUAAGUGUUUCUGCCCCAGCAUUGUUUAAUUUUCAUUGAAGCAUUUCAGGAACAAAUUUUACAAUUCAUUAUUAGCAGGAUUUAGGGUUUGAGCAUGUAAAUAGCCCCUGUGCGCUAACUCUUGCUUUGUAGUCCUGCCUGAGCUCUUACCAAAUGGAAAGCUGACAUGAUGGGGAAAUGGAUAGAGAGUGGAGAGGGCUUUGAAAUACAGGGGUUUUCUCUUGGGAAAGAAUAUUUUACCAAGUAUAUAUUCGUUAUUACUGUAUACGUUUUUUCAACUGAAAAAUAAGUGAAAGCAAUACUUGUGUUGUACUGAGUGACAUUUGAAAGCUGAGAGUGGAUGUGCUGGGGUUGUUGUGUUGCCAGUCAUUCAAAGGCACUUCAAUUAAGGUCAUGAAGAACAACAGGGCCCUUCAACAAUGUUGCAUGUAUAAUGUCUGAGGUGUGAAUAGAGUGAUAAGCUCUGUGCUGAAAGAACAGUUUACUACUAUUAAAUAUGACACACCUUCUGCUGCUUGCUGUGGAACUUCAAAUGUCAUGGUACUACCUGUUUUCCCCUUUUGCCUACAGAUAAGGUUUUUUUCACUGUAGAGUUUUGCCAUUUCUAUUGUGAAAGGUUAAAUCCCCCCAAUUUACAACAAAGUAUUUUCUAAAGUACCUCUGGUGGUAUCUUAAAAAGUAUUACAAUUCUGCAAUGUUAUAAAGUCAUACAUUUACAAGAUGUUUGAGCAAAACAGUGGUAAUGAAGAAUAGUAGUUUUUUUAGUUUUUUUAAUGCCACCGUUAAGCACUGGGUUACGUAUGUGCCCAGUCCAAAAUAUUUUAAAAUGUAGCGGACUCUCCAUUCAUCCAUUCUCAACCAGUUAUCGGGGGCUGGGUUGCAGGAACAGCAGGCUAAGCAGAGUAUUCCAGAUGUCCCUCUCCACAGCAAACUCUAAGGACAUAAUUCACCAAAAUCCGUGGUCACCACAAGCAGUUAUAUUAUGUGCCUUUUCUGUGUUGUUUUCUCUUCACACUGCCAGUUGGGCACGGCCCCUUAAAACGUCAUUGGGUAACUAUGGUAAUGCAGUGUGUUCGGAGUAACACCCUCAGUUUUAGCUUUGCUGAAAUAAAAGACAAAAGCCUUCGUGUAGUCAAAGAUAAGAAUUUUUUUGUCUCUAGUUUUGGUCUAAGUAUUUAUUCAUGUUUAAAAAAGAACAAAGAAAUAACGUGAAAAAAACCGUGUAUGUAUCUUUCUGAACCAUAACCUUGCUCAGAGGCCAUCCUUACAAUAAUAGAAGCAACUAAGGAGUUUUUACUUAUAAAUUAAUAACUUUAUAAUCCCGUAAAUUUAUAAUUUUAAUCUCAGAGACUAUCCAAGUUUUUCCUUGUAAAAUUUCUAGGCAUAUUACAGCCCUCCCUCAGCUCCUUAAUUGUAUAUCACACCUUAACCAUCUGAUAGGAUUUUGCUUUUUUGAUGUUUAAUUACAGAAA